GAAGUCAGCUGCUUUGAGGGGAUGUCUCCUCUCCUUUACUAACCCCGCCCAGCUCUCCGGCUCAGCUUUACAAAAAGCAGCGAACGCACCGAACCUGACCGAUCUCCGACCUGAGCCGCCUGAACAGAAACGAUGGCGUUGACGAUACGAGUUGAAUACUGUGGCUCAUGAGGUUACGAACCCCGCUAUAAGGAUCUCGCCGCGGUUGUCAAGGCUGAGUUUCCUGAUGCGGAUGUGUCGAGCUUCGUGGGAAGAAGGGGCAGCUUUGAGAUCGUGGUCAAUGGGCAGCUAAUCUUCUCCAAAAUUGAGACUAGUGGCUUCCCGUAUGAGGAUGAUGUCAUGGGUGUGAUCCAGAAUGCCCAUGACGGCAAACCUAUUCAGAAGAUCACCAAGAGCCGCCCACCAUGUGUCAUCAUGUAAAACCUCCCUCUGCAGCACAGAGACAGGCCAGUGCCACUGCAAACUGCCAAUACCACCUCUGGCUUAGCCCAACCUAAACCAUAAAACGCUGUUUAGAACAAACUCCACAGAAAUGCACUAUGGCUGCUGGCUACAUUCUCUGAUGCUGAUCAGCGAACUCUGAUCUGACUUUUGUCUCCCCUCUCUGUUCCUGUUGCUGUGCUCCAGGCUGUUAAUGAUUACCAUGGCCUCACCUAUUAAGGGUUAUGGUUUGAUGAACCCAUUCCUGGUAGUGCUUUCUUUUAUAGGAACAGAGACAGGGAAAUGAAGAGUUGGAGAGAGCUCACAUUUAUUUGACCACAGCCUUAUUGCCUAAUAUACUCAAACUGCCUAUUCUUUUAUUUCUAUUUUUAUUUUUUCUUAAGUCUUCAUUGAUCUCACAUGCAAGUAACCAUUUUCAGUGAAUGCAAGUACAGUACAAAGUAGCUGCACUUAAUAUUUAAGCAUAAAGGGAGACUGUCUCAGUCACUGCAUCACUCGAUGAGGACUAUCUGUUAAUGAGAGUUGAAAAUGAUUUCAGAUCAGUUUACUGUACAGGUUGUGAAUAGAGAAGCAACGUCAAUUUGAUGUGAAACAGCAACGUUAAUCUUACAGGUUUUUUUAUCUUAACAAAUUGGACGAUCAGACAUUCCAAUCCUCACCUGUAGUGCUGCCACUGGUUGGCCGUUUUUUUUUUUUUUAAGUUGAGCUCUUGUUUAUUGAACAUGGUCAGGUAAUCAAGCAAUCAUCUGCAGUGAUUCUGAAGACCACCACCCACUGGUCUGUCAGAUCAUACUAAGAUGUCUGCUGGUUUUCCACAAAUCUUCCUCCUCUGAUGUCUAAACUGUACAAUUUCAAUAAAGGUAAUGGUUGUUUCUCUA